AUGAGCGUAAUCGAUUUUCUCCUCAGUUGGCAGAUUAUACUACAACCUUUGCUGAAGAUGAUCCGCCGACUAUUCAGUACGCUCAUUGCGGAUUACCCUCCGGCGGGAGAGUUUUUACCUUCAGCGCCUCACCCCAGCAAUCGGCAACCGUCUGGAGGUGGAGCGGAUGUGGUACCUCCGGCUUUUCGCACCAAUUCGCUACAAUCCUUGAGCUGGCUGCACGCUAUUUCGCCCUGCUUUCCAGUGUCAGGCGAUUGUAUAGAGGUCAUCCGUGAGCCGAGCACGUUCUACAACACGCUGCUAGAUAAAUGUUCCGUCGCGAGUCGAAGGAUCAUGCUCGCCAGUCUAUACCUUGGCACGGGCAACCUCGAAACGCAACUGGUUGCCGCAAUCCAUGAAAAUCUGCGUAACAAUGUGCAGCUGAAGGUGGACGUCCUGCUGGACUUCACGCGAGGUACACGGGGUGUGCGCAAUAGCCAAACCACCCUAAUGCCCUUGGUGGAAGAGACGGAUAAUUUCCGCCUUUCGCUCUACCACACGCCGGUUCUGCGUGGACUCACGAAACGGCUCGCUCCACCGCGAUGGAACGAGCUGCUCGGCAUACAGCACAUGAAACUUUACCUGGUGGAUGACACGGUCAUCAUUUCCGGUGCGAAUCUGUCGAACGAUUACUUCACCAAUCGGCAGGAUCGGUACGUGAUGAUCGAGGACCGACGGCUUGCGGACUUUUACGCCAAUUUCCUAUCGAAGGUGCAAGAGUUUAGUCUGACGGUUGGACGUGACGGUGCUACCCGUAUGCAUGACACCUGGACCAUGCUGCCGUAUAAAUGUGCGCAACUCGAGUUUGCAACUGAAGCACGGGACCGCAUCCGAACGUACUUUCGGAGCGUGAUGGAGGAACAGCGAGCGGUUUGUGAGCGGGAAGACGCACAACAGGCGGACACGUGGAUAUUUCCACUGAUCGAAAUGGGACAGCUCGGUAUUCAUCAUGACAGUUUGGCCACGAAGCAGUUGCUUUCCGGGUGCUUAGCUGGUUCGCAGCUACGGUUAGCAACGGGAUACUUCAACUUAACGGAGACGUACAUGAACACGCUGACAAAUGAUUGUCAAGCACAAUGUAAUAUCUUAAUGGCACACCCGAACGCUAAUGGAUUUCUCGGAGCAAAGGGACCAGCAGGCGGUAUCCCAGCUGCAUACUCCCUGCUAGCUCGCAAAUUUCUCGAGAUGCUAAAAUCCUCCGGACAAAGCCAUCGGGUGGAACUGUUAGAGUACGAACGGGCCGGGUGGACGUACCACGCGAAGGGUCUGUGGUACUAUCUACCCGAUUCGCCCCUCCCAAACGUCACCCUGAUCGGUUCAUCCAACUUGGGCGAACGGUCCGUCAACCGUGAUCUUGAAGCCCAGGUCUGCGUGGUCACGAACAACGCCAACCUGCAGCGUAAGCUCGAAACAGAGUAUCAAAAUCUGCUGCAACACGCGGCCACAGCCGAAACGGAAUUGAUCAACCGACCGGUACCCCGCUGGGUUCGUGCCGUUGUCGGGCUGUUUCGGAACUUUUUCUAA